UUUGCAUGGGCAGAAGCAAACAACAUGAAGUUCAAUGAACAAAAAUUUGAACUACUGAGAUUCGGACCCAACACUGAAAUAAAAGACACCACCAAACUCUUCACAGGGUUACAUCAGCAAAUCAUAUCAAGAUGAGUGAUGAUGCUACCUUCCAGCAGCACAUCUCAGAGGCAGCAAAGCCAGGGGGAUGGUUGGCUGGGUCCUCCGCACCUUCAAAUCAAGGGAAAAGGACGUGUGGAAGGCUCUUAUCCAACUAAUACUGGACUACUGCAGCUAGCUCUGGUCACCUCACAGAAAAGGUGACAUACAAGAGCUGGAGUCAGUACAAAGAGCCUAUACCAGGAAAAUAAGAGGCAUGAAUGAAUUAAACUACUGGCAGAGAUUAAAGCGACUGGGACUAUAUUCCCAAGAGAGGAGAAGGGCCUUAUAUGUGUGGAAGAUCCUGGAGGAGCAAGUGCCUGACCCUACCACCAUGCUAUUGAAAUCCUAGAAUAGCGAUCGCUCAGGCCGCUCAUGUGAAAAAUGUGCUCUCCCCUCCUCUACCCUAGGGAGAGUCAAGACCCUCCUCACUUCCAGUCUUUCACACAGUGGCCCCAGACUCUUCAAUGCCCUGCCAAAAAAAAGUCAGAGACACAACAGGCUGCCCAGUGUCCAGAUUCAAGAAGGGACUGGACACUUUCUGCAAACACUGCCAGAUGAGCCUCCUGUCCCGGGCUACACAGCUUACUGCAGGGCAAUCUCAAACUGUGCCAGACCAGAUGACUCUUCUGAAGAGGGACUUUGACUGACUGGCGGCAGCGGUGGACCACCAGAACUGUGAGGAAGACCCUCUAGAUCCAACAAGUAAACUAAAAUAUGGGGCGACACCCACCAAAGAAGAAGUAUGCCUAUCACACCAGGAAGAGCCGACCAGUCAAAAUGGAGGUGAAAUGUCACCAGAAGACAGCAGAAGUCAAGACCCGAGGUGAGUACUUCAGCAACAGGGACUACGGGAGGCUGGUCUGGGGUAAGAUUGCUGGCAGCCGCACCUGGCCAGGUAUCAUUGUUCCCCAUUAUGAGUGUGGGGUGAGGGCUCCACCUGCAGAGAGAGUAUGGGUAUUCUGGUUUGGAGACAAAAGAGUGUCUGAGGUGCCUUUAAAUAAACUGUCAUCCUUCAAGGAAAAUUUUGGAACAUAUUACAUUCGUACUGGAAUCCCAACUUUUCAGAAGGGAAUCACUGUUUGCAUUCAGGAACUUCAACAUCAGUCAGGAUUACCACAGGAAGACUCAGAGGAAGCUUUACUACAGUGGGCUAAUGAAGGCUUUCCUAAUGCUACAAACUAUAAGAGAGCUGGAGCUUUUCCAUUUUCAUCGAAAGUUGUAAAGCAUCUUAGUAAUAUAAAGAAAAUAAAAAAAUUAGGUGAUUCGAGUGACUCCAGUGAUAGUCUCUUUCCAAUGAUGUCACAGUCAUCAUCUGACUCGGACGCCUCAGACGCUGAUGAGUGGAGAAAAUGGAGACCUAAAGCAUCCUUUCUGAACUUGGCACGCCAAGGGAAGUAUGACAUAGAACUGCUGUGUAUUGCAUGCCAUCGAACCGAGUGUCAAAUUGUUGCACCACAUCCUUACUUUGUUGGAAGUGUUUGCAACAAUUGUAAGGUACUGUUCACUCUUUGUACCUGUUUUCCAUGUUUUUUACUUCCUGAUUUGGAUGAGAAUUCUAAGGACAUGGAGACAGGCUUGAAUGUGCAGUGUGUGGUGUGUGCCAGUCCAGGCAAGUUGUUGAUUUGUGACUCAGCAGAUUGUGAAAGAGUUUUCUGCACUGGCUGUGUGGAGCUCUUGGUGACACCCACUGCUGUGAACCGCAUAAUGAGGACAAGUCCUUGGUACUGUUUCCUGUGUCAACCCUUCAGCCCUCGUACUCAUGGUCUGCUCAAACCAAGGCCAGAAUGGAGAGAAAUGAAUCCUACCAAAAAACCUGCUUCAUGGAUGUGCAAUUUAGAAGAGGAGGCACCUGAUCCAUCAUCUUUCCCCAAGAAGCCCUUGAGAGUUCUAUCCGUCUUUGAUGGCAUUGCCACUGGAUUAGUUGCCUUAGAUAAACUUGGUCUAGAAGUUGAGACGUACUACAGUUGUGAGGUGGACGAGAUGGCCACAACUGUGGUGGAGUCAAACUUUGGAUCACGCGUCACACUGCUUGGCAAAGUUGAGGAACUGACUAAAGAAAAGGUGAAAGUGUUAUGCCCCAUUGACCUCUUUAUUGGUGGAUCACCUUGUAAUGACCUCAGUUUUGUGAAUCCCAAGAGAAAGGGUCUUUUUGAUUUUUCUGGAACUGGUUAUCUCUUUUUUUAUUUCUACAAGAUUCUGAAUAUCAUCCAGAGCUUCAACAAGGAGACUCAUCUGUUUUGGAUGUUUGAGAAUGUCAAACAUAUGCCACAUAUCUAUAGAGAGCAGAUAAGCUUUUUCUUGGAAAAACCUCCAAUCGUGAUUGAUGCAAGAUAUUUUUCUCCCCAAAGUCGACCACGUUGCUUCUGGGGAAACAUACCUGGAAUGUCCAGACAUGUUCCUUCGCAGCUAGAAUGUAACCACAAGCUAAGUCAAUACAUUGAUAAAAUUGGUAACCGGAAAGCUAUAGUGGAUAAGCUAAACUGCAUCACCACAAACCGUACCUCUCUUCGGAUAAGAUGUGGAGAAGACUUGCCAAUCAAAAUGAACAACCGCAGAGAUAUACCCUGGAUCACAGAGUUAGAAAAGGUUUUUGGGUUACCUCCACACUACACAGAUAAUGGGAACUUGACAGUGAAAGGGAGACAAAAUCUCUUAGGACGGGCCUGGAGUGUCCCUGUUAUUCAGCACAUCUUUGAGCCUCUCUGCCAAUACUUUCCCUGCAAGAAAGACACUUCAGAACCCACGAAGGAAAGAAAAGAAGAAUAAAGAAAUGCAUAGAAAGCUGUUCUCACA